AGCUUUUUUUUCCACACCAUAUUCUCAUCAUCCUGCAGCAAAAGAACUGCCUGGAAUAUUUAUUUCACAGGCUCACAUUGGCUGAAUUUUAGCAAGUAUAUAUAGAUACACACACACACAUUAAUAUAUAUAUACAUAUACAUAUAUUGUGUAUGUAUUUGCAGCCAUUACAUAUUCUUGAUGAUUCUGAAAGUGGGGUCCCUGCACUGAUCUUCCUAAAACACAACACUUCUAAAUACAAUGCACAGAUUAAACUAAACACAAUUAAUAUUAUAUAACUAGCAACAGCUACUCAUCUUCUCUUUUCUUUCUCAUACACAACACAUGCUCAUACCCAAAUCCAGCCUGUCAACCUUAAUUAUUUUAUGAAAUCCCAUGAUUUUUUAUUUGAUUUGUUGUUUCUCCAAAGAAAGAGGCAUAGGACUUUGUAUCCUGGCCAGGCUAAGAGAUUGCUGUGGUUGGAUUAUUCAAACACACCAUAUACAUAUCUUGUCAUAAGCCAUUAGAUUUUCAUUUGUUGUUUCUCCACAACAACAUAAGUUUUUUCUUUUUUGUUGAGUUGUAUUGUCCGAAAUUCGACGUGGGCUUGCCAUUUGGAUGAAUUCUGUGGCAAGAUGAUGAUCAGCUGGCUGGCUUCGCUUGUUGGCUAGUGGGAUUCAUUUGGUUUUCUUGAGAAAAAAAACAAAGAAAAUCUUGUGAAGUAUUUGAAGGUGUAGAUGAUCAUUGUUUGAAGAUAUGCAAUGAAAUUCAUAGCCGAAUUCGACGUCCAUUUCCAGGCAUGACAACCAAAUUUGAGCAUCCGAUAAUAAAUCCGUUGACUAGAAACAACAACUUUGCUGUGAUCACUCAUCACUGCCAUCCAAAACCACAAGGCUGUCUGCUCACAGUGAAGAAUCCUCCUUCCAUGGAUAGGAUUCUUGAAUCCCACAAAAUCGAGUCGAUGAGGAAGAAGAUGCUUAUGCAAGAACAACUCUUCAAGCACCAGGUGCAGGAGCUGCACAGGCUAUACAAUCAGCAGAGGAAGGUGAUGCAAGAAAUCGAAAACGGGCUAAAACAACGAAAGGAGACAGACACAACCGUAUCCGAGUUUACUAUUAGGCAUCACCAUCAUAGUCAAACAGAAACAGAAUCCAAACAGAGUUUUGAAAAGGAAUAUACAAAUCAAAGUAGCGCAGCAGAGAAGGCGCCAAGGCCCAUCAAGUUCGAUCUCGAGAACACCCCAUCGUCAAGCAUGCCUCCAUUUGGAGAUGAUGAUGAUGAUGGGUUGAAAAAGAUGGACGAGGUGGAGGUGGAGCUCACGCUGAGCAUCGGGCAUUGCACCAGGAAAGGAAGAUCGGAGAUUCAAGAUUCUGCUUCCUCUUCCUCCACCAAAACGGAUAACGCGAUGAGCAGCUCGAGCGUGUAUCAAGAAACUACGCGGCCGCAUUGGCUGCUGCAGGAUCUCAGCUUGAAUAGAACGUGAUCGCCUUCCACAAUUUCAUAUUCUUUGCUAUUUGUUUUCUGAUUUUUUAACCUAACAUGCUGAGAUUCAUUCAUCGUUGGAGCACUUGCUGUUUGUAGAUUCCAAUAAUUUGUAUAAACUAUCUAACGCUUACUUCUGUACGUAGUUAAAAGUGUUUAGAUUCCAUCAGUUUUUAGGCUCAUUUUUAUACUAGUAUAAUUUGUUUGAGUCGACCA